GUUAUAAAGGGCAGAGUUGUAAAAACUCCCAGGCUGUGGGGAGUUCGCUUGUGGAAGCCUGUAUCCCGGAUUCAUCCUUUACCCCACGGACACAAAAUCACCUGGAUCUGACUUAGAUACGACGUCGACAACAGUUUUCUAUUUGAUUCAUAGAGCUACAAAAGUGCUGCGCAAAGUUGAACAUCCUCUGGAGCGGGACUGUUGAGCAAGGAAGGGCCUGCUGCGAAUUUCUAUGAUUUUCAACCCAACUCUGUCAGGAGGACAUUGAUUUUCAUCAGCCCGUUCCCGACUGAUCACGGCUGCUUUUGGAGGUUUGCAACGCUGACAAGGAGCAACUCUGACGGUCAACGAGAAGUCCUGGUCGUUGAAGCAGCUAUGCAGCUUGAAAUUCAAGUAGCACUCAAUUUUAUCAUUUCCUAUUUAUACAACAAACUCCCAAGACGGCGCGUGAAUAUUUUUGGGGAGGAGCUCGAGAGGCAGCUGAAGAAAAAAUACGAAGGCCACUGGUAUCCGGAUAAGCCAUACAAAGGUUCGGGCUUCAGAUGCAUCCACGUAGGGGAGAAGGUGGAUCCUGUGGUGGAGCAGGCGGCCAAAGAGAGCGGGCUGGACAUCGAAGAUGUCCGGAACAACCUCCCUCAGGACCUUAGCGUGUGGAUUGACCCGUUUGAGGUGUCUUACCAGAUUGGGGAGAAGGGACCCGUCAAGGUGCUGUACGUGGACGAUAACAACGAAAACGGGUCAGAGCUGGACAAGGAGAUCAAGAACAGCUUUAACCCAGAGGCGCAGGUCUUCAUGCCAAUCAGCGACCCCGUCGGGGCUUCCUCAGAGUCCAGCUCCCCCUCUCCUCCCUUCGGGCAGUCUGCUGCCGUGAGCCCGUCCUUCAUGCCGCGCUCCACCCAGCCCUUAACCUUCACCACUGCCACCUUCGCCGCCACGAAGUUCGGCUCGACUAAAAUGAAGAGCAGCGGCCGCAGCAACAACAGCACCAGCGGCAGCAGCACCAAGGUGGCUCGCACCUCCCCCACCAAUAACCUGGGUCUGAAUGUCAACACCCUACUGAAGCAGAAAGCCAUGUCCACCUCCAUGCACUCGCUGUACGGGCUGGGCCUGGGUCAGCAGCAGCAGCAGAAGGCCUCUGCUCUGUCUCCCAACGCCAAGGAGUUUGUGUUCCCCAGCCUGCAGGGCCAGUCCAGCCCCGGGGCCGCGUUCCCCGGGGAGGGCUCCCUGGGGCUCGGGCCCCUGCAGUACAACAAUGCCUUUGACAUGUUCGCCGCCUAUGGAAGCCUCAACGACAAGUCGCUCAUGGAUGGGCUCAACUUCAGUCUGAGCAACAUGCAGUAUUCUAACCAGCAAUUCCAGCCUGUCAUGGCAAACUAAGCUCAUCAUCAAAUAUGCUAUUUAUGAAUGACGGUGGCUCAAAGAGAAGGAAAAACAGCAACGCACACUUAGCAACUGGACUGAAGGAUUUAGCUGUGUAACCAGUGAAGCGCAUGUGCCCAGGGGGGUGUUAUUUUUUUUUUUAUACCGUGCCCCUUUGAGUUUGUUUCUACUAAAAAGCUUGUUCUACAAACACAUCCAAGCUUGAAUUCAACAUGCAUCAUUGUUUUCCCUUUUCCUUUUUGCCAACCAAGCACAAAUGUUUUUUCUUUUUUUUUUACUUUGAGGAACUACUCCAAAAAAAAAAAAAAAAAAUCUAAAAAAUUACAAGCUUCAAGUUUUGGCCUCUUACAGUAUUUUACAGGUGGUAAGACAAGGCUGAUUUUUACAAAUUGGCACUACUAAGUGGGGUUACUUGGUCUUUUUCUAAUUGUAUAAUUUAAUUUAGUACAGAGUUUGUAAGAUAUCAGAGUAUAUAUUGUUUCUAUGACAUGGUGUUGCAUUUAUAUCUUUUUACUACUCCAGUGAUCUGUGAUGGCUGCAGCAGCUUUUCCUUAUUUUUCUUUUUUAAGGAUAAUUGUUAAAGAAAUCAAUCUUUGGAAGAGAAAAAAAAAGUAAAAAAAAUCAAAUAUUCAGAAGAUUGUGUACAAAGUAUACCUUAGUGGUGGAAUUGAAGUGUAGGAAUAUUUGCUUUUUCUGAAAGAUGAAUUGUAUUUUCUGUUAAGAGGUUUAAGAUUUUUGCUAUACUAUGGACAAAAAAUGUACUCGUAUGAAUAUUAAUUUUGUACCUACAUUGUGCAAUACUUGAUAAAGAAAAAAUACGGUAUAACAAAGUAUUUUGAGUCAGUGUCUUACAUGUCAAGAGGGACUGAAAUAGUUUAUAUUGUUAAGUUUGUAUUAAAUGCUUAAAAUGAUAUGCUUGUCUUUAUUUUUUUUAAUUUCAUAUUUGCACCCUGGUCUUUUUAAUAAAAAUAAACUACAGUUGAACAUGA